AUGUCACCCCCAAAGCUUAUUGUCCACCAUCUGCAGUUCGGCCAAGGCGAGCGCAUCCCAUGGCUUCUCGAGGAGCUCAACAUUCCUUACGAGUUGAAGCUAUAUCAGCGAUCACCUCUUCUCUCACCACCCGAGCUCCAAGCUGUUUACCCUCUCGGUGCUUCACCCGUCCUGGAGGAUCUGACGGAUCCGUCCAACCCCAUCAAAAUCGCCGAAUCUGGGGCCAUCUGCGAUUACAUUAUCCAUAAGUACGGCAACGGACGAUUGGCCCUGGCACCACAAGACAAGAACUUUGCAGACUACCUUUACUGGCUUCAUUUCGCGAAUGGCACGUUACAGCCUGGAAUGUUCCGAAGGGCUAUGACGCGUGGUAUGGUCGGCGAAGAUGAUCUGCGUUUCAAGGGAAACGAUGCCCGUGUCCUCAAGGCGCUGAGCCAUAUCGAAAACCGACUACAAAGCAACACGUGGCUUGCAGGCGAUGAAUUCACUGCCGCAGAGUGCAUGACGGGAUGGUGCUUCACAACGAUGCGACACUUCGAGCCGAUGGAUUUGAGUGAGUAUCCUGGAAUCUUGGCGUGGCUGGGCCGCAUUGGUGAGCGCGAAGCGUACAGGCGAGCUAUGGGUAAAUCCGACCCAAACAUCAAUCUUGAGCAGAGCCUCAGCGCAAAGGGCUUGCCAGUGAACGAGAUGUUCGUAAAGGCCAUGGCGAUGAAGCCGGGUCGCCAGAAGUUGUAA